CCGUUUACAUAACGGGUCUUGAAAUCAGGCCCUAGCUCGAACCGGCCUGGCCGUUUACACCCCUGUCGACAAUUAUAAUAUCGCGCCAUGAGACCCCACACCAGACAAAACCCAAACUAGAGAGAGAAGAGAAAACCCCUUCAUGGAGAGAGAAAAACAAGAAUCUGAGACCUGAAAAAGAAGUGGGAAAAGGUUACCAUAGCUCAAAAAAAGAGCAAGUACAGAGAGGGUCCGCGUAUAGAAUAUCCGAUUGGGAACGUCACCGGUCACCGGUUGCGUCUAAUCCAUGGCGAGUGGAUGGGUCAAGUCACUGCAAUGCAAAUCCAGAGCAUUCGAGGACGUCUACCACCCGAAACAGAAGCACCUCCUACCCAGUGCCAGUUGCAGAAAGGGCGCAGAAAGCGUCAAGGACGUCAUCGAAGCCGCCGCCAAACACAAGCAUGCUUCCAAACCCAAAAAACCCCCAAAUCGUCAGAAUCAGACUGCAAAAUACCCACGACCCGAGUUACCCGUCCCAGAGAGUAACAUUGCUCGUUCUCGAACCGUCCGUAAUCCGGAACCCUUUUUCCCGGCUUUGACGGAUCUACCGGUGGGUCAUCCUUCGAGGAAUGUGGUGGAGAUUAUCUUCCACACUAGUUGGAGCCCCAAGUCCUUCACUGGUCGGAUCGAUGUGGUGUUCAAAAUUCAGCACGGGCCAAAAACUGUGGCCCGAUUCGAGGAGUACCGAGAGAUGGUAAAAGCCCGGGCCGUGUCGGACGGAACGAGUACGUGGGAAGAGAAUGCGCGGUGCGUCGCUGACGGGAAUGAGGUUCUGCGGUUUUAUUGUCUGGGGCCAGCUGGUGGGCCGUAUGACGCUUGCGGAGGCGCGUGGACAUUCUCUGUUGGGAAGGGUUCGGCUAUUUGCACGUUUUCAGGUAGCGGCGGGGCCCACGAGAGUGCCGGCGGAGGAAGGGGCAGGAGGGCUAUGUUGGUUUGUCGGGUCAUUGCAGGUAGGGUAUCGAAUCAAAUCGGGCUUGAUUCGUUGUUGAAUGGGCGGAUGGGGUUCGACUCGGUGAGUGGAGGCAAUGGCGAGUUGCUGGUGUUUGAUUCCCGUGCGGUGUUGCCUUGUUUUCUUAUUAUCUAUAAAUUGUAAAAAUACGCCAGAAAUUAUUUUUCUUCUAUUUCUAUUGGCGGAAAUUUGAUUUUUCAUUUUCUUUUAUUUCCACCGUUUGCUCUGUUGUAUUUAUAACCCAAUUUUUCCUUUUUUUAUUCCCUUCCAAUCCUGUAUGUGUGUAUAUAUAU